UUUGAGAUUGACUGUCAGUGUGCUGCAUAUAUAGUUGUGGCGGUCACUGUCAGCCUAUGGGUCAACUUUUUGUUUUAAUUGCCAGACAGUACAGAACAUUAGUUACACUGCAACACACAACAUUAUACCGUAGCACGCCAGCGACAGGACAGCACAGCACUGACUCCCCACAAUACUCGCCCAGUCCCUAGUAGCAUGUGAUUUGGUAAUUAGCGUCACAUGAUGGUUUUGCAAAGAGGAAGUGUGCUGUAAGGAAAAUAACACUGUAUUGUCCAAUGUCCCGAUGGCAACGAGUAAGCUUUUGCUACUUUUUGUGAUCUGUGAAUGUAGCGGUCUGGGUGAGGAUGAAUAGGGACAAAAAAAAGUAGAGACAACAACACCGAUGAACCGAGGGACCAAACACGGGUAUAGAUCCAACACAGACAACACGUCGAAAAGCAGCGACACAAGAAGAUGCUGAGCUAAGCAAUCACAGCCUUUCUAGAAACACAAAGAGAAUCUUCUUCUUCCUGCCUCGCUAUACCACAGGAUCUCCCUUUAGUAAUGGCACUUGGAUCAUUCCCUUAUUUACCUAUAGAGUAUUAAAUCUAUGAACUGAACAAAUGAAAAGAAUACUGAACUCGAACCACUGAAUUUUGGUUGCUCACUCAAAAGAAAUAUAAGAUGGUGCAGCUGUAUAACUGCCACCCAUUUGGGUCACAGCGUAUUGUGCCCACCAAGCAGAUGCCCGAGCUGUUCUGCUGUGGCCAGGACUGUGUGUUUGUGACUUGUGCCGGAGGAUGCAAGGUUGAAGUAUUUACUGUGUGUCAGGAUCUUUGUCAGCUUUUAUGCAGUUUUAACACACUGGGCAAAGUGGUACACAUGACCUACAGUGAAGUUGGUGACUACUUGGUUACGAUUGAGGAAAGAAACAACAUUUCGUCUCUACGAGCGUAUACAAACUGGAGAUGUGAGUCUUCAGGGAAUUCUAGAGUCAGUGUAAGAAUGAUUGGACUUAACAUUGAAUCACCUCAUACAGUAGCCUCAAAGGAUCAGAUGGAAAUUAUAGAAAUGCCUCUUUCUGAAAAACCGCAGUGUAUCUCAUGCUGUCCCAUUCGAGGAGACCUUCUUGUUGGCUGUGAAACUAAACUUAUGAUCUUCUGCUUAAAGUACCUUUCCAUCAAUGAUUUUUCAGUCUUAGAUUUUGACCGUUCCGUUAUAAUUCAUGUUGCAGGCAUUAUCCCUCUUCAGGUUUCGUUCUGUGCUGGCUAUAUUGCCAUUUUAAAUGACUUAGAAGUCUUUGUGCUUAGGUUGAAUGGAGAACCAUCAGAGGGAUAUGCUAUUGAACCACAAAUCCAGACUGAAGAGCAACCCUCAAAGCAAAAAGACUUUAUGGAUUUACCAUCAUCCCACCCUGCUGAAUCUGAUGACUUUGUUAUGUGUCUGAGACCCAUAGAACUAGUUGGAGGGGAAUGUAAUUUUUGUGGCAUCACAGUGACCACUGAAUCCAUUGGUCUCUCAACAGACUUUCAGUAUCCUUCACAAGUGCAUCAUAUUCUGUAUAGGCGGUUUGCACCGGACUUUUCUGAAGGAAUCCAUGUUGAACACACAAGAUUACAUUCACUACAACUUCUGCCAAUGUAUAAAACAGCAAAUCAUGUAUCCACAGAUUCCAAAACUCGCACCAAAGAAUUUCUGAGCUUGUUUUGUUUCUUUUCAAUGCCACAGAAUGGCUUCCUAUACACAAUUGGGAAUGGAACAGAGCUUAUCUCUGUCUAUCAAUAUCCUGAGAAGUCCCAGCAGGCAGUCCUGACUCCUCAGUUGUUGCAUGUAAUCACCAGUAACAACUUGCAGUGUUUCACUGUAAGGUGCAGUGCCAUUGCAGCACGCGAGGAAGAUCCUUAUAUUGAUACUACCAUGAAGACAUGCCCACCUGUGUCCUUGAAUAUCUGCACACUAAGAAUGCAGCUGUUUAUAGGCCUUGUAGCUAUUGCUUACUGUAAAAAUCACAUUAUAAUUCUUACAAAGGCAAAUAUAGAGGAUAUGCCGGAGAACGGAAAAUAUCUCAAAAGGUUAACAUCUAAAAAUUAUGGCAGUGUCAAAAAGAAGCCCCCUGCUGACACUGAUCCCAGCUGGAAUCUGUAUGCUGUGAGCAUUACCCCCACCAUUCAUCUCUACAAAGAAAUGGUAGAAUACAGCAAGAGAUAUGAGACCGUAAUGAGCCAGGGCAGUAUACACCUCCUAAGUGAAGCUCACUUAUUACUGAGAGCAGCUCUUAUGGAUCCAAACUUUAAAGAAUUGCCAGAGAAAGGAGUGCUUGAAGCAGCCUUCAGAGAGAGCUGUGCCUACCUGGCAGACUGUUAUAGCAAGUUGGACACACAGCAUUCUCACCUUGCCCUGCCUUACUACAAAAUGUCCUGCCUAUCCAUGGCUGACAUCAUAAACAGAGUCAUUCCUUCAGAGUUACUAAAGGAGUACGGCAAGGGGUUUAUGUUUUACCUCAAGCAUUCACUUUUUGAAGACCUGGAUGAUGAGCUCAGUGAGGAAAUGGCUUUGAAAGUACUGCACAUAUUUAAAACAAUGGACCAAAGCCAACUGCCUCAUGUAUUGUGCAGUCCUUGCAUGAAAAAUGUGUGCCCGAAAAAGGCCAUGGACUAUCUACAAAAUUUAAAUCCUUGCGGGCCUUCAGCCUUAGUCUCUCUUGCAAAAGCUACUAUGGCACUGAAAAUGCAGGAUUGCAAGACUUAUGAAGCUGAGCUACAACGCCAUUCAGAGAUGCAGUUACUAUGUGGUUUUCUGGAUGAGCCAAGACUGCUGAUAAAGUUCAGAAGCAAAGAUGUCAUUUCAACAGAGAUGGCUUUUCACUUAAUGGAUACUAUGCCUGGAUUACUUGUAGUUUCAGUAGUGGCCCUGCAUGAAAAUAGCAAAAUUAAUCUGCAAGAAGCUGAGAGAUUUUUUAAGGUUCUUUGCGAAAAAGACAGUACAGAUAAUGUUCCCCAAUUGCUUGUUGAUUUCUGGGAAGCACUUCUUUCUACAUAUCCUCCUGAAUCCAUAUUACAGGACAUCCUAUUCAAACUUACAUCCCAUUAUGUGUGGAAAAUAUGUAAUCCUCAACAUUCAUGUGUUACACCCUUGAAGAGCCCAGAGGAUCUGAGAAAUUCUUGCAGCCACUUUGGAUUAAUCAGCCCAUGGAUAACAAAAAUGACAUCAUCUGAUUGUCUGUCAUGUGAGACUUGUGGAGAUUUGUUAAAAUUACAGUCUCUUCUCUGUGGGCCUUCUAUGGAAGUUGAGUCAUUUCUCCCCUUUUUGAACUUUAUACCAGAAGAUAGCAACUCCUCCUUAAGCAUCCACAUCAUAUGUGCAACCCGUCUGAUGGAUUAUGAGAAAUCAAUAGACACACUUCUAGAUCGGUGUCCUGAGGCUGUGAUAUCAUACGCAAAGCAUGAAAUCAAGGAAGGAAGGAAGGCUCUUUGGUGGAAUAAGCUUUUGCCUGAACUAUAUGUUAGAAUUCGAAGGACUGGAAGAGACGACAAAGUGUUCAUCUCAUCCUUAAGAGACACCUUGGAUGUGAUUUCCAUGGAACUAGAUCUCCAGGAUUUUCUGAAUGUGCUGCCAGAUGACGGAACUGCAGCAUUUUUCCUGCCUUAUCUUCUAAACCAAAGAAAAUUGCUUACUUAAAAUCUGCCAACUCUUUUUGAUUUGCAUAACUAUUAUGUUACCAAAAAGUAUUAGUACAAAUCAAUGGGUAUACAAUGAAGAUAUUGUUAUAAAAGUUGUGAUGUUCAAUAAACUACACAACUAAUAA